AUGUACAUUCCGGAGGCACGUGUUGACUACUUCUUCGCCAUCCACGACUUCAGCAUCUCCGACUCCAUACUCAAGGCCAUGGAAGACAUGCACGGCGAUCCUUGGGACAUGUCCCUCCCUCAAGCGCUCUUCUUGAUAUUUCUCAGCUUCCUCUUCUUCGGAAGCAUAGCGCUCGGAACCAACAUUCUCGUGGCCUACCUUGAUGCCCGGUACAAUCCACCACAAUACUACUACGGAGACAACCUACGAACGGUGCCCAACCUGCGCAGCUUUAGGGAUCAAUCGGAGCCGCUCCCUCGAUAUGAGCGCGAGGACUCUACUGCGAGACCGCUUCUUGCUUUCGAAGGGAACACCCCGCCUCCCGCCUACGGUACCGUCUUCCAUAUUUCCGCGCCAUAUGAGGACAAUGAAGGCGACGAGGACUAUUCGGCAGAAUCUUCGCCGGUUGCACCAGACAGCAGCUAUAUUGCUUACAUGGUGUAA